AAACUUCAUUAUUUCUCAUCUAAAAGUAUUAAAUUUCCUGAAUAAUGAAAUACAUACAGGCGACACCAGCGUUUUUGUAUCAAUGGUACUCGUAUUUUACAAGGGUUAUUUACAUGUACGAAUGUAGUGAAUGUAGUAUUUCAAUAUUCCAAUGUGAAUAAUCAUGUUCAGUACUUGCUAAAUUAUUAUACUCAAGUACGGCUUUAAUUUUUUAUUAAAUCUAUAAAAUAUAAUUGCAUAUUUUAUUAUAAUUGAUUUUAUAAUAAAAGCAUCAUGAUAGAAUAAAAUUUUGCUGUAUUUUUGUAUCAUAUACAAUUACAUGUACAUGUAUUAUGCAAUUUACCAAAUUGUUCAGCAAAGGUACCACAAUAUGUAUUUUCCCACUCAGAUCACAAGAUAUACGUCUUAUCUUCAUAAACCUGUAGUAACGUCGGUGAUAUAUUUAUGUGGGGACAUGUUAUUGAUAAGACUUUAUGUGCAGGACAACAAUGCUUGUCAACGCGAUUUUUUCGGUUAUUUCAGUUUUACCAUAUGUAACUGGAAGUGACGCACCUUGUCACAAUAUCGGUGGCGCAUGUCAAGAUGACCACCUGCAUUGUACAGGAAGUUACGUAACUGGAUUGUGUUCAGGAGAUACCCAUCGUCGAUGUUGCACACCAACCAUCGACAUCGGAGGUUGCAGUGAUGUAAAGAUUUACUCUCGUGAUAGCUGGGGGGCUCGACCUCCAAAAUCCUUUACAACGUUUCAUACUCCGGCCAGACUAUUCUUUAUUCACCAUACCGCAGGGCAUGGGUGUCAUGACUUCAACAGCUGUGCACAGACUCUAAGAGGAAUUCAAAACUAUCAUAUGGACACGAGAGGCUGGAGUGAUAUCGGGUAUAGCUUUUUGGUUGGUCAGGACGGCAAUAUUUACGAGGGCCGUGGCUGGCAUCACGUGGGUGCGCACACGCAGGGAUAUAACAGCAGAGGAUUCGCCGCCUCAUUCAUGGGAAACUACAUGACUCAUUUACCGAACGCAGCAUCUCUUAAUGCGGUAAAACGCCUGAUCGAAUGUGGUAUUCAGAAAGGAUUCAUCGCCCAUGAUUACCAUCUUUAUGGACAUCGUGACGUAGGUAGCACGGAGUGCCCCGGGGACCUUCUGUAUCAGGAGAUUCAGUCCUGGCCCCACUACAGUCAUACACACCCAUAGAGGGAAUAAAUAAUGACAAAAAUUA